GAAGAAAGAAGCUUUCCAAAUGAUUUCUGACAUCGUGAAUAUUUCUGGGUUCCUGCCCAUCCUUGUCUAUGGACUUCUGCUGCUUCACGAUGGCACCUGCUGGACAUACCACUCUUCAAACAGAGAUAUGAACUAUACAGAGGCAGAAAAAUGGUGUAAAGGCAAAUUUACAAACUUGGUUGCUAUUCAAACCAAGGAAGAAAUUGAAUACUUGAAUGCAACAUUUAAUAAAAAUGCAAAUUACUACUGGAUUGGGUUGAGAAAAAUUAACAAUGAAUGGAGAUGGGUAGGAACCAACAAGACGCUGAAUAAAAGUGCUGAAAACUGGGCUGCUGGUGAACCAAAUGGCAAAAAACUCAAUGAAGAUUGUGUAGAAAUCUAUAUAAAGCGAGAGAAGGAUUCGGGAAAGUGGAACGACGAACGUUGUGAUAAAAAGAAAGGAGCCUUGUGUUACACAGCCUCCUGUAAACCAGAUUCCUGCAGUGGCCAUGGCGAAUGUGUAGAGACCAUUAAUAAUUACACCUGCAACUGUGAUGCUGGAUUUUACGGUCGUGACUGUGAACAUGUGCAGACUUGUGAGCCAUUGAGAGAACCAGAACAUGGGACUUUAGAGUGCAACAAGCCAGAGAUGAAUUUCAUCUACAACUCAUCCUGCAGAGUCCAGUGUUUGGAAGGUUACGAAACAACUGGGCAAGAACCAAUAUGGUGCACCUCUUCUGGAAAGUGGUCUGCACCCACCCCUAUGUGUAAAGCUGUGAAAUGUGACGCGGUACCACAUCCCGAAAGAGGCUAUGUGAAUUGUUCCAACAGUGACACAGAACUGGUCUUCAACUCAACCUGUGAGUUCCGUUGUGAGGAGGGCUAUGCCUUGAGAGGAUCAUCCCAAAUUCAAUGCUCUCCACAGGGACGGUGGUCAGCACCAAUUCCUCAUUGUGAAGUGAUGAAAUGUGAAGUGGUACCUCAGCCUGAAAGAGGGUUUGUGAAUUGUUCCCACACUGACACAGAACUGGUCUUCAACUCAACCUGCGAGUUCCGUUGUGAGGAGGGCUACACCUUGAGAGGAUCAUCCCAAAUUCAAUGCUCUUCACAGGGACACUGGUCAGCACCAAUUCCUCAAUGUGAAGUAAUGAAAUGUGAAGUGGUACCUCAGCCUGAGAGAGGGUUUGUGAAUUGUUCCCACAUGGACACAGAACUGGUCUUCAACUCGACCUGCGAGUUCCGCUGUGAGGAGGGUUAUGCCUUGAGAGGAUCAUCCCAAAUUCAGUGUUCUUCACAGGGACGUUGGUCAGCACUAAUCCCUCAUUGCGAAGUGAUGAAAUGUGACAUGGUACCUCAGCCUGAGAGAGGGUUUGUGAAUUGUUCCCACAUGGAGACAGAACUGGUCUUCAACUCAACCUGCGAGUUCCGUUGUGAGGAGGGCUAUGCCUUGAGAGGAUCAUCUCAAAUUCAGUGCUCUUCACAGGGACACUGGUCAGCACCAAUACCACAUUGUGAAGUGAUGAAAUGUGAAGCGGUAACACAACCUGAAAGAGGGUUUGUGAAUUGUUCCAACACUGACACAGAACUGGUCUUCAACUCAACCUGUGAAUUCCGUUGUGAGGAGGGCUACACCUUGAGAGGAUCAUCCCAAAUUCAGUGCUCUCCACAGGGACGUUGGUCAGCACCAAUGCCACACUGUGAAGUUGCCAAGUGCGAAAGACUGACAGCGCCUGAGAAGGGCUUCUUGAAUUGUUCGCGUCCAGAUUUUGCCUACAGAACACUUUGUGAAGUCAGCUGUAUGGAUGGAUGGGUGUUGAACAGUUCCUCCUACCUACUCCAGUGUCUAGCUUCAGGAAACUGGACAGCAGAACUUCCCACAUGUAAAGCUCAGUCUCAGGGGGAUUUUGUGAGCUUCUCAUCCACUGCGGCAGCAGCAGCAAUUGGAGUCUCUGUCUUGUCAAUAGCAUCACUUCUCGUUUGGCUCCUAAAGCGUAUUCGGAGGAAGGUAAAGAAAUUUUCUCCAGCCAGUAGUUACCAUCACCUUGUUUCAGAAGGCACUUUCCAAAGUUCUGCUCACCUGAUUUAACAAAGACAAAGAGAAUUUGAAGGUGUCGUCACAAAUGCCUGGUGUAUACGAGAAAAGAGAAUCAAGAGCCAGCAAAAGUCACUUGUGGUAAAUCAACAAGAAUAGACUUUACUUUCAGUAAGUGAAGUUGUAGAUCUCAUUAUCGAUGUCCAGCGACCUUCUCGGCGCAAGGUUUUUCUGCACAAAACAUGUUGCCUCCAGAAGGGCCUAACCAACCUAGGAUCGAAGCAAACGAGAAGGUACUUCAGUGAGCUGAGAAAAAUAUUCCUGCUACAACAUGGCAGCGUCUUUAGGGAUAUCAUCAAUUGCAGAAGAGUGUAGAAAAGAUGAUUGCUUGAAAGAUAUUUGAGUAAAGCCUUGGUUACAAUUUAAUAGGAAAUUACCCACAUUGCUUUGUGCCAAUCAAUGCUUAUUCUUUGGAAAGAAGGCCAGAUGUAUCAGUCCACAAUGACAGUUCGUGAAAUUCAGAUUUCAAGUCUUUAUGGUCCAAAACUACAAAUAUCCCCCCCGCCCAACUGAACAGCUCUACCUCUUUCCAGAUAUGGAAAUCACAGAUUUUAAUUACUUUGGUGCUAUGCUCUAAGCAAUCCUGUUCCCUCUAAAUAGUACUAAAA